UUGGUUGAUUUUUUUUCUUUACAAAUCGUGAAAUUUACAAGAAACGUGACACGUUUCAAACCAAUUUUACUGUUUCCUCUUUGAAGAAUGCGGAAAACGAUUAUCACACGGUCUUUUAAAAUAGGCCGCUAAGCAAUCGUAAAACAACAGAGCAUUCAGUCAUUCAUUCACUCCUAAUUUCCUGCAGAAAAACCCUCGUUCAGGGAAGGAAAAGAAAGGUAUGAGCUUUAUUCGGAGCCUCAUAAUUCUGUCCCUGCUACUUUUGGCUGAAGGCAGUGCGUUCGUCUAUAAUGGCUUCCGCAGCAGCACUUUAAAGCUGGGUGGAUCAGCCAGAAUUCUGAAAUCGGGGGUCCUGCAGAUCACGAACAAAACCCAAGUUGUGCUGGGCCACGCAUUCCAUUCGUCCCCAAUCCACCUGAACAACCAGAGCUUUUCAUUCAGCACAACCUUCGUCUUUUCCAUCCGCCCGCAGUAUCCAGACCAGGGCGGCCAUGGUUUCGCCUUCGCUGUGACCCCUUUCCCCGACCUGCCCGGCGCUUUUCCCAUAGAAUACUUGGGCUUACUGAACAACUCCACUAUAGGCAAAAAAUCCAAUCAUUUAUUCGCUGUAGAAUUCGACACAGUGGAGAAUGCGUCUCCGUUCAAGGACCCAAAUAGCAACCACAUUGGAAUCGACAUCAAUACGCUUAUUUCCAAUGUUUCUGCAAAUCCUGAACUGGACCUCAAAAGUGGGCAAAACAUUCAGGCCUGGAUAGACGUCCGCCCCGCUGGGUCAUUUCACAGAGUCCGCGUUUUCCUUGCUCUUUCUGGCGAAUCAAAGCCCAGGCGCCCUCUUUUGUCUGCCGCCAUUGAUCUCAGAGGCGUGGUACAAGAUAAUGUGUAUGUGGGUUUCUCUGCGUCCACAGGGCUCUUGUCCAGUGCUCACUUGAUUCUGGGCUGGAGUUUUUCCACAAAUGGCUCUGCGGCUGAGUUAGAGUUGCCGAAUUUUGGAACAGGGGAAAGAGGAGCCACGCGUGUGGUUAUUAUUGUUUCGUCUGUGGGUUUUGCAAUGGUGGUUUGUUUGAUCAUGUUGUCUUUGUUCAUGAGGAGGAGAUUAGCGCGGUUCGAUCAGUGGGCUGAGUGCGGGCCCAGGAAGUUUACAUACAGUGAGCUCAAGGAUGCUACCAAGAAUUUCAAGGAGCUGCUGGGCUCUGGGGGAUUCGGCAAAGUGUACAGGGGCGUGCUAAACGACGGGCAAGAGGUGGCAGUGAAACGGGUCUCACAGGACUCAAGGCAGGGAAUGCGGGAAUUCCUAGCAGAGAUCUUGACAAUUGGGCGUCUCCGCCACCGCAAUCUGAUGAGACUGCACGGCUACUGCCGCCAGCAGAGGAAAUCAGAGCUCCUACUGGUCUACGAGUACAUGCCCAAUGCAAGCCUGGACAAGAAGCUCUUCUAUGACGGUGGGCUGAGCUGGGAACAGAGAUUCACCAUUCUGAAGGGUGUGGCAUCUGCAUUGCUCUAUCUCCAUGAGGAAUGGGAACAGCAGGUAAUCCACAGAGACGUCAAAGCAAGCAAUGUUCUUUUGGACGGAAAGCUCAAUGCACGCCUUGGGGACUUCGGACUGGCUCGCCUGUACGACCAUGGCAAAAACCCCCAAACGACCAGAGCAGUUGGAACAUUGGGCUAUGUUGCACCAGAAGUCAUGCGAACGGGAAAACCCACCACAAGCUCUGAUGUUUACAGUUAUGGUUCCCUGUUGUUAGAGACUGUGUGUGGAAGGCGCCCAGUGGAGCCGAGGCGUUGUGAGGAAGAGAUGGUUUUGGUGGAAUGGGUGUGGAGUUUUCAGGUGCGCGGGGAGAUUUUGUCGGUUGCAGAUCCCAGAUUGUUGUUUGCCAGUGGGCACAGCGAUUGCAUGGCGGAAGAAAUGGAAUUGGUUUUGAAAUUGGGUUUGCUGUGUUUGCAUGUUUUGCCUGAACGACGGCCUUGCAUGCGCCAGGUUGUGCAGAUUUUGAACAAGGAUGUGCCGCUUCCUCCAUUGCCGCCUCAGAUGCCUACUAUAGAGCAUCCUCCGCCGCCACUAAGUUUUAAUUAUUGUUUACCAAAACGUGUGGAUUCGUAGUCACUGUAAUGGGAUUCAGGGAUCGAGGGUAUUUUCUUCUAUUCUGUUUUGAGUCGGGGAAAUUGGAAUCGGCCUCCUCCAACCAUUUGAAGUUUUCAUGGUGAAAACUGGUCUUGAAUGGUUGGAUUGUAUCAUGGAAAGGAGAGAGUAGGAUCUCUGGUUUUGCUGCUGUACAGAUUGAUUGUAAGUUCGAAUUUUGUACAGGGUUGCUUUUUGAAUUUCGACAAAUUUGUAAGUAAUAUCAUAAACUCUCAGCGAAUCCAGACCCAAGGUUUCUCUUCGUUA